UACAAUAUCGGAAAGGGUAAGUUCCACUCAUUUAGUUAAACUACAACUGGGUACAAGGUUUGUUGGUGAGAAAAAAAUCGGCAUAAUUUUAUGAAGGGUGGGCCUUCAUAAAAUUUACGUUUCUCAUUUUGGGCAGGUCUAUGACCAACGUGCUAGAUAAGAUAAGAUAAGAUAACUUUGAUCUAAAACAGUAAAAUUGAAUGGAUCAGGAUAUGUACCAAGAAAAAAAAAUACGGAAAAUUAAGAUACAAAAAAAAAAAUUAAGAAAAAAGCAAAGAGAAGAAAAACUUAUAUUAAAAUUGGAAUGCAAAACACUUAUUCUUGCAGAUGAAAAAUUAUUGAACAAUAUAAAUAAGGAAAUUCUCUGUACAAAGACUAUAAGUAUAGCAUUUCCUGGAUCCAUACUUGAUAAUGCCCAAAGCCAGAUAUUAAAGACUUAUUUAAUCGGUCAGAUAGCUAGAGCUGCUACUAUUUUUAAAAUAAAUGAGAUUAUAAUAUUUAAUGAAAUACCUAAACUUUAUGAAAGUUCAUCUACAAAUGAUAUUAAAUAUGAAAAAAGUAGCCUAGAAUUUGCUCAUGUUUUACAGUACUUAGAAUGCCCUCAAUAUUUAAGAAAAACUCUUUUUCCACAUCAUGCAUCACUACAAUAUGUAGGUUUGUUAAAUCCUUUGGACAGCCCUCAUCACUUAAGAAGGGAGGAGGAUGAAAAUGUUUGCCUCUAUAGAGAGGGGGUUAUUAUAAAUACAAAAGGUUCCCAUUUUUUAAAUAAAAAACUUGAUGAAAAUCUUUCUGAUUUCAAACCUGGAUCUAAUUUAGUCGAUAUAGGUUUAUAUCAACCUGCCAAAAUAAUUAAUAAAUCAUUAAAGCCUGGCACAAGAGUUACUGUUAAGUUGAUUCCAAAUCAGAAUCCUCACAACCUUAUUAAUUCAAAUAUUAACUUGGAUAAGUCUAAAAAUGGUAUUUCAAAUGAUAAUAGUAUCAAUCCUAACAACAGAAAGAAGAAGAAAAAUUUGAAAUGUAGUUUAGUUUCACCAACAGAACCACUUCAAGCAGCAGGACUCUAUUGGGGCUAUAAUGUCAGGUUGGCAUCACAGCUUUCUAAAGUUUUCUCUGAAUGCCCUUAUCCAAAAUAUGAUUUGAAAAUUGGCACAUCAGAUAAAGGUUCCAAUAUAUAUCAACUAUUCCCUACUCAUUUCAAUCAAAAUAAAAUUGCAGAUAAGAUAGAAAAUAAUGAUAUUGCAAACCUAUGUUCAUCAUACAAACAUUGUAUCAUUGUUUUUGGCGGUUUAAAAGGCUUAGAAUACUGCUUCGAGAAUGACGAUAUCCUAAAAUCCGAUUACAAUGAUGUUAAAGAUGUUUUUAAUUUAUAUCUUAAUGUCUGUCCUUCCCAAGGAAGCCGAACGAUUAGAACAGAAGAAGCUUUACUCAUUGCAAUGUCAAUUUUGAAUCCAUUCAUAAAGUUUUAAAUUGGAAGCCUUAACCAUCAUAGUUCAAGACCCAAUCGCAUAUUUUGACUAGAUGGAAACAAUAAAUAAUUUUACCUUGUAAUAUGAUUAUAAAUACUUUGUGAUUUUAAAUAAAUAGUAUAUAUUUG